GACUCCUGGGUCCAGGAUUCCAGGGCGGGGCGGGGCCCAGAAGCAAGACGGCUGGGGGGCGGGGCGGCCGGCGGGCUCCCGGAAGUGACGUACGACGUCGCUGUGCGUGCGUGCGGCUGCGUUGGGCUGCAGGAGAAGAUGGCGGUCUCCACAGGAGUUAAAGUUCCUCGUAAUUUUCGCUUGUUGGAAGAACUUGAAGAAGGACAGAAAGGAGUAGGCGAUGGUACUGUUAGCUGGGGCCUUGAAGAUGAUGAAGAUAUGACACUUACAAGGUGGACAGGCAUGAUUAUUGGGCCACCAAGGACAAAUUAUGAAAACAGAAUAUAUAGCCUGAAAGUAGAAUGUGGACCUAAAUACCCAGAAGCUCCUCCAUCAGUUAGAUUUGUAACAAAAAUUAAUAUGAAUGGAAUAAAUAAUUCCAGUGGAAUGGUGGAUGCACGGAGCAUACCAGUGUUAGCAAAAUGGCAAAAUUCAUAUAGCAUUAAAGUUGUACUUCAAGAGCUAAGACGUCUAAUGAUGUCCAAAGAAAAUAUGAAGCUUCCACAGCCUCCAGAAGGACAAACAUACAAUAAUUAAUUUUAGUGGAUCUCAAACUUGUCUUAAAUCAACAACCUUCUACUCAUGUUAAUGUCUUGAUUAAGUAUCACAAUGCAGAAUUCCCACACAUUAAGUAAAAGAAUUCCAGCUGGUAAACAUGACCCGGACGUUUGUAAGAAUGUAGUUAAUGUAUGUACACCCAUUAUGUUUUUAGGUAACAGGAGGAAAAAUGCAGCACAAUUCUUUUUUCUCUUAUCAAGGCACUGUCCUUUAAGCAUAAACCUGGAGUAUAAUAUUGCUGUUUUCAGGUUUACAAGAUGAAAGCAUGGCAAGAAGUGUCAAAUUGCUAUGGAAGGAUAUGUGUGUCUGAAAACUAGUUUCAAGAAGGAAAACCAUAAAUGGCAUGUUUUAUCUACUUGCUUAGUGAAAGAUCUGCAAUUUAUUGUUUAAAGUAGCAGGUACAAUGAAUAUUGUUGCAAAUUGUAUUAAUUUUUGAAGCAUUGUGGGUGCUGACUACUAGUAGUAUCAAAAAUAUGUUCAGGAUUGUUUUGAUACCUGUAUUUAUAAUAAAAACAAGUUGGGAGGUGUCAAUGAAUUUCUGUUAGAAGCCGUUCCUGUGUGUUACAUGUAACAGACAUGGUAAAUAUUUGUUUACAUUCUUUGUUUAACAAACCAUGCAUUUAAGUUUAAGUGAAAACAACAAUAAGGAAAUAGGUGUAUGGAUAUGUGAUUUUGAGAUUAAAGUUAGUCUUAAAAUGUAAAUAAAAUGUGGAAAGUGUCCUCAGAGACUGUGCCAUUUCUAUUAUAUUGAUGUAAUAUAUGUAUAUCACUUUGCAGAGGUAGCAAAACCAGAAUUGUAGCUUUUCAUUAUACAGACUUUUAUUAUUUAUCCUAUUUUGUAUAAUUCUUAUGAAUUGGAAUUUUGUAGAGUAUUUAAGAGAACAAAUUACCUAAUUAGUUUAAUUUCUUCUUUGGAGGAGGACAAUCCCGGCUAUUAUAUUUUGAGUUAACUUCACCAGAAAUAUUAAAAAGAUGUUUGAUUCUAAGCACUUCUUAUACACCUGUAGAUUGCAAAUUAUCCACAUAUACAUUCCAUUUUUGCUUGUAACAUCUUUUUUUCUUUAUUUUUCUGUGAAGCUUCAGGAACUUAAUAGAUGGAACUAAUUUGUGACAUUUCCCCCAAUUAAUGCUUUUAACACUAGGAUUAAUUUUACCUGUCCUACUCAGCCUCUGCUCUAGCAAAUACAUAAUUAUGAAGUUGAAAGUUCAUUAUGUUCUUUUUUUAUCAAAGUGACUUGAGGCUUUAGGCCACUGUUUUUCACUUCAAACAAAGGACUGAGUCUACUACUUUGUUGAAAAUACUGUUUUAUAUAUAUUCAUUGAAGAAAAUAGAGAGGUGAUCAGUAAAGUCUCCUUUAAUUUUGGAAAGUGUAAUUAUUUGUCUCAUACUUCACCCCAAUAUAUGGAAACCAAAACAAGGAUAGUCAAAAUAUCAAGUUAGAUAUUCAGACAUUUUACAUAUAAAGUAAAGGGGAAAGCAAUCAACCUUAGUUAUAUAUGAAAAUGUUUUAAGUUACUUUUAUAGCUCUACAAGGACACAUUUCUCUAACAUACCCUUGACAUGUUCUUAUCAAGCUCAUUCAAAGUUGAAGCUUUGAGUUAACCUUUUCUUGGUUAAUAGUACGUAAAAGUCAGUGACAUUUUGUCUAAACUUAGGAAUUUCAACAUGGCUAUUCUAUUUUAGGUUAUCAAAGAUGUUUAAAAUGCUUUAAAGUGACACAUAGAGAACAUACACAUACAAAUUAAAAAGUACAUGUGUAAUUUAUUAAAAUGUAAUUAUUAUUGAAAUGAACUAUUAUUUGAAAUACAUUCUGAAAAAUAUUAAAUGACUGAAGGAGAUGAAGUUGAAUUACGUUGAUACUAUAUAAAAGCCUGAUGGUAACAGGCAGUCUGAAUCAGGUUCUUCUAAUGACUUCUUUCCCACCUUGAAAACCUAUGUGGUCAUACGUGGAAACUGGUAACAUUUGAAUGCUAAGUGAUCUGUAUAUUGGUGGGCUGAGAAUUGGAAUACCUUAACCUCUUGUCUUUUUUUCCCCUCAACCAGCACUGUGAAAGUUGUUUUUCCCCUCAUCUGUAUGUUGCCUUAAUUGGCCCUAUGUUUAUUUCCCCGUUUUGCUUUUGGGACUACAAAACUCUACAGAAAUCUGCAUGCCAAGUAGUCAGUUUUCAAAGCAGAGUCCAUUUUGCAUGUCACAAUCAAGGUUUAUAUGGCAAUCUAGGACACAUUGAUUAAUUAUAGGAGGGGGUAAGAUAGAAGUAACAAUCUAAGACAGCAGUUUUGAAGCAACUUUUCUUUUAUCUCUUUUCUAAAGUGAUUAAGGUUGUAGGAGUGUGUGGUUUAACUUUUUAAAUGAAUUGUAAAAUUGACUUAGAUAUUUGUUUAGUUAGCAGGUGAAACCCUUGAGGAUGAUCAUAUAUUAAUAAAAGUUUACAAAAAUAAAAUUCUUGUCCUAUUA